AUGCUACAGCCCCUGCACGACCUGCUUUGCCUGUGCUGGAGGGAAGGUGCAGGCCCCCAAGACGUGUGUGAUGCCUCCAUUGCGACUCUCUGCCAGAACAAAGGCGACCGCAGUGACUGCAACAACUACAGAGGGAUCUCCCUGCUGAGCAUAGGCGUGAAGGUAUUCGCCCGCAUCCUCCUCACCAGGCUCCAGACACUGGCUGCUCGAGUGUACCCACAGUCCCAGUGCGGCUUAAGCUCAGGUAUUUUUGGAACGUUAUGUGUCGAAAGUCUCGGGUGUCGUCUCACCACUGUAAUUGGAGGAGUACUUACUGCAAUCGGUUAUACGAUCGGCAGUCAGAUGAACAACAUAUACGUGCUGUAUUUUACCCUCGGCAUUCUUCCAGGAAUUGGUGUGUCCCUCGCUUACACCGCCGGUAUGGUGCACCUCAACAGACAGUUUUCAAAAUGGCGGCCAAUAGCCGUUGGAAUAUCAGUAACAGGAACAGCUAUAGGAAUGCUGACUUGGCCGCUGCUCUCUGCUGCUGUCGCAGAGAAUAUGGGAUGGACGGGUACAUUUCUCAUUAAUGGGGCACUGACGAUGAAUUUCCUACCAUGUGCCCUCUGGAUAACUCCGAGGAACAGCAAAGGAGAUGUUCAUUGUCCAAGAGUUUCCUUGAAGGAAACUAUUAUCAACUGUUUCAAAAUACAUCGUUUGCCGGGAGCACUUGCUUUCUGCAUUGCUCUAUUGCCCUACGGCUUUGGCUACUUCACUUUCCCAACCUUUCUUCCUGACUACGUGACAGCAUCACCAUUCAACAUGACGUCAUCGGAAGCUGCGCUCAUUGUUUCGUCUUCUGGAUAUGGCAGCAUGUUUGGGCGUGUUUUUUUCUGUGGAAUAGCCAUGGUGAAUAAACAUUCAACAAAAUACAUAUUGUUAUUUUCGGGAUGCCUCUGUGGUAUCUCCAACCUGAUUGUCCCACUCUGUGACGGUCCCGCCACUCUCCAUAUCAGCAGCGCUGUAAAUGGACUGGCUAUAGGUGAGCUGGUUUCCAGCAGAUUAUAA